AUGCAGAACUUCCUACAGCUACCAGAAGCUGAAAGAGACCGAAUUUACCAGGACGAAAGGGAAAGGAGCCUGAAUGCUGCCUCAGCUAUGGGUCCUGCCCCCCUAAUAAGCACACCUCCCAGCCGCCCUCCACAGGUGAAAACAGCUACUAUUGCCACUGAGAGGAAUGGGAAACCAGAGAAAAAUACCAUGAACAUUAAUGCUUCCAUUUAUGAUGACAUUCAGCAGGAAAUGAAGCGUGCUAAAGUGUCCCAAGCACUGUUUGCAAAGGUUGCGGCAACCAAAAGCCAGGGAUGGUUAUGUGAGCUGUUACGCUGGAAGGAAAAUCCUUCUCCAGAAAACAGGACCUUGUGGGAGAACCUCUCCAUGAUCCGAAGCAAAAAGGUCCUUAAAGUUUUGCUCUAUGUUACUAAGAGAGAUUUCAGCAUAUUUGCAAGGCUGGACAACCUCACUAUCAUCACAGAAUUCCUCCUCAUGGAUAUUUCAAACUCCCGGGAACUCCAAGUCCUACAAGGUCUGCUGUUCUUAGUGAUUUAUCUGGGAGCCCUGGCUGGAAAUCUUCUGACUAUUAUAGUCAUUGUAACAGACCCACAUCUUCACUUUCCUAUGUACUUCUUUAUAUGCAAUUUAUCUUUCAUAGAUCUUUGCUAUAUUUCAGUUAGUGUUCCCAAAUCAAUUGUCAAUUCCUUUACAGGUAGAAAAUCAAUCUCAGUCAAUGACUGUGCUGCUCAGAUUUUCCUGUAUAUAUUCUUUGCAGCUGUAGAAAUUGCUUUUCUUGUGGUGAUGUCUUAUGACCGCUAUAUUGCCAUCUGUCAUCCCCUGCACUAUGGGCUCACUCUCACCCCACAAGUGUGUGCACAGGCAGCAGGUGGCUCAUGGGCCACUGGACUACUCUAUUCUGCCAUCCAUACAGUCACUAUGUUCAGGCUUCCCUUCACCAAGUCCAAUGUGAUCCAUCAAUAUUUCUGUGAUUUACCACAAAUUUUGAAAGUAUCAUCUUUAGAUGUUCAGUUUUCUGAAUCUGUGCUUCUAGUUAUAAGUGCUGGUAUUGACUUAGCAUGUUUUGCUUUCAUGUUUAUGUCGUAUAUUAAAAUAUUUUCAAGUGUACUUCAGAUGCACUCUGCAGAAGCCCGUAGCAAAGCCUUAUCUACUUGUACCCCACAGUUGGCUAUUCUUCUUUUGUUUCUAAUUUCUGGAUUAAUUGCUGCCCUAGGUCCUACUUCAGAUAAAACAUCUGUUAAAAAUCUUCUGACAGCUAUGUGCUAUACCAUGAUUCCACCAUUUAUAAACCCCCUCAUCUAUAGUCUGAAGAACAGGGAAAUUAACAGUGCUCUAGGGAGAAUGUACAAAAGAUAUUUUGAGUUCCAAAGCAGGGUUUUACUUAAUUAA